AUGGACGAGGGCCUGUGGGAGCUCGAAGAGAUGGUGCUGAAGGAGUUUAACGUGCCGCUCGAGAUGAUGCACGUGCGGAGCAAGGACCUGCCCGGCGGAUACGUGCUGAACCACAGUCCUUACAGAGACGGCUUCGUCGCGUCGGAGCCCCUCGCGUUUCCCGGUAAGGACCUCGAGGAUGGCAGCGUGGUUUCGGUGCGGGACCCGCUGUGGCAGGCGAUGUGUUUGAUGUGCUCGAUGCCGCCGCCGGUGGUGCGCCGGGGCCCGGACGGUCUCGCUUCGCCGUCGUCAAAGGCGUUGAGCUCCAGCAGUGAGGAGUACGUGCCGGGGCGGGGUACGCUGACGGUCAAGCUGUACGAACAGCUCAAGGUUAAGAGCGAAAAGCUGAAGCGGAACGAGAACCUGCUGCCGAGGGAUCGCAUCGACCAGCUGCUGAACGAUCCGACGAGCUCGACCCCGGCGAUGAUCAUCGGCAUUCUGAUGCUGGUGCUCAUCGUGAUAUCGACGUUCACGUUCGUACUGGAGACGGCGCCGUGGUUUUACCGGGAGGAUCCGCCGCUCGACGGGGCGUUUUUCAUCAUCGAGUCGAUUUGCGUGUGCAUCUUCACGAUCGAGUUCGGUCUGAGGCUCGGGGUUUGCAGGGACAGGAAGGCGUUCUGGAACAACUCCCUGAACGUGAUCGAUUUCAUCGCCAUCCUCCCCUACUGGCUGGACCUGAUCGCGAGGGGCGUGGACAUCCCGGGCCUGUCCGUGUUGAGGGUGACGAGGCUCGCGCGAGUGUUUCGGUUGCUGAAGAUGUCGCGGGAUAACAUGGUGCUGCUGGUGCAGACCAUGUCCAAGUCGGCCAAGGCGCUCAACAUCCUCGUCUUUUUAUUCGUCGUGGCGCUCAUCAUCUACAGCGCGGUGCUGUACUACGCGGAGAGGGGCAGCUACGACCUGACCCAGCUCAAGUGGAUGCGAACGGUGGGCUGGAACUGCGCGUACACGUGCACGAAGGAAUCCAUGAAGCUCAUCGCGCCCUUCCUCGACUGCGUCAACGAGGGCGACCAGCUCACCAUGUUCACCGCCAGGUUCACGCACGGACCGUACGCGGACGUGUGCGAGCGGGUCACCGAGGAGUCCCCGUUCCAGUCCAUCCCGCACGCCAUAUGGUGGGCCAUCGUCACCAUGGCCACCGUCGGAUACGGCGAUAUGUAUCCUCGCACCGUCGCCGGCCAGAUCCUCGCGUCCUUGUCCAUGCUCUGCGGCAUCCUCGUCAUCGCCCUGCCGGUCACCGUCAUCGGCCAGAACUUCUCGACGAUAUACUCCGCGAUGGAGAAGCGACCGCGCGGGCUGGGCGAGGAGGUGGCGCCGACCAGGUCGGUGUACCCGAGACGGCUUCACGCGGAGCACUCGGGCGCGACGGCCAAGCCGAUUACCAAACACUGGCUUCACGACCUCGCGCAACCUUGGGACAUCGACGUCGCGUACAAGGAGUUUUUGCCGUGCAAGCCGCCGGUGCGGACCGCGGUGGCGGACGCCGGGCCCGUCGCGCUGCCGCAGCGGAUGAGCUCCAAGGCGGAACGAGCCGCGUUCAUCGCCGGCGAGGACCUCGUAGCCGCGGGGACAAGGGCGUCGAGUGCGACAAUUCAAACGGGGCCGCGGUUCAUCGCGGCGAAGCAGAGCACGCGCGCGAUGCUCGAGGAGCGGCGUGAGUGUCUCGAGAUAUUCGCGAGGGGCGCGCUGAAGGUGGCGGAGCGCAAGGUGGACGUGCAGGCGAGGCUCCGGCAGCGGUUCAAGCAGAUGCGGCGGAUGAUGUCGAAACCCGCGAGCGCGUCGUCGCCGAGAAAGCCCGACAAUAGCCCGAGUAACGCGGCGACGGGAGGCUCGAGCUGACGCGAGUUUAUGUUAGCUGUUGUCGUCGACUACGAGACGAGCU